AUGCCAGCUGCCCUGCUGCGGGAGGCGCGAGAGGUCGUGCAAGAAGCGAAGGAGAGCUUCACCAAGCCUUGGCGAGUGCAGGAUCAGCAGCGCGAGGACACGCUCCUUCACUUGCUCAACCUGCGCCGCAGCAAGCUGGCCGCGGUGGCGCAGCUCGUAGCGGAGCUGCGACAAGUGGAUCGCCAGCUCCUGCACGUCACGGAGGCCAAGGGGCUGGACGUAGCUAACUGGCGUUAUCAACAGCGUGAGCUGUACCGCAAAAUGGAAAAGCUGCACCGCGGUGCCACAGCGCUAGCCUCGUGCUUCGCGUUAGCAUCGCCGUCUUCAACCGCUUCGGGUGCAACGGAUUUGGCUGUGGGGAAGUCGCAAGCGGCCGCUACAGCGUGCCCAUCCUUGUCUCACACGCAGUGCGUGGCCCAGAAGGAGCUCGCCAAAGUACGUGAAACGCUUCAGAUACAACUCGCGCAGCUGGAAGAGGAGGAGCGUGCGUCUGCGCAGCGGUUGGAAACGUGGCAUCGACUACUAAGCGAGGUGCCGUGGGGCGGCAACGCAAGCGGCGACUUCAGCUGUACAGCAGACACCACCGGAGGAGAGAAAGAUGGCACUCAGCAUGCCAGACCGUCGGCAGCAGCACCAAGCGCUGCUGCUGCAGGAAUGAUACACACACCUGCGCAUGAUCCACCGCCUCAGCCUUGCGGCUACUACUCAGAGCUCUGGCGCGCCUCCGAGGCUGCGGCAGGCGUGCCGCUACAGCAGGAGCAGCAGCAGACGCCGUCUCUUUCCGCAGCCCCAGGGACCAACACUGCCGUGGCGGACCGUGGUUCACCGCAUCCCUCCGACGCUGAGGUAGUGCUUUUGCAGCAUGCGCUGCACAACAUCAACGGUGCACUGCGGCAACGACUCCUGCGCGCCGCGGCGGCGUCCCUAGCCUCUUCGUCCUCUUCCCGAUCACCCACGACAAGCCACCACACAUCCGGCGGAGAAGAAGCGGCGGCGGCCAGCGUCACUAUCUCGGGCCUCCCACCGCUGCCAGAUGUGACGCCGCUGCGCAGCAUGCAGGACUUCAUGAAAAGCCCCAGCGGCAGCAGUAGCGCUGUUCUCCCCUGUGCCCAGCAGAGUGAGGCGCACCCGUCAGAGAGGCUCCCUGGCAGCGCCAACGCCGCUACGGCAGCCUACGCCAGUCAGUCUGGGAAGGGGCAGCAACAGGAAAUGUCUCCUCUGCCGAGAUGUACCGAAGCAACGGCACUUGGCGCCCCGGCGGAGGCAGUAACCGCAGGAGCAGCGCUUGAUGCAGCGGAGGAAGCUCAGCGACGCGUGUGGUGGCAGUCUCUGCAGGCCCGAGAGCAGGCAAUGAAGGACUCCCUCAAUCAACUCCUCCAGAGUGUCACGACCACAUCCUCGCCGCCGUCAAGAGAGCGCGGCAGCGUCGACAGCGCCGACGACGCCGGCAGGCCAGCAGGCAGUGCCAUUUUCAGUAGCAUAUCAGCACACCAGCGGAGUUUGGAGAGCCGGUAG